UUGAAGCAACAUCUCCAGGUUGCUGCCCGACAGCACAACAAGCAGCGUCUCAGUUGUUUGUCAAACUGUUGUUCCCCACCAGCGACACAACGAUGUGGAUUUACAAGAUCAUCUGCGGACUCUUCAUCAUCUCUUGCUCUGAAAGCAGAAGAAAUGCACUCCAGGACUACCAGAGGAGUGACGGCGUCCGACUGGUUGUGCUGUCUCCUGAUGCCUCUCACCUGACCAAAAGCAGGAAGUUGACCAUGGCCAAGUGUGCCAGAGCCUGCAGCCGCAACAAGAGGCUCCCCUUCACCUGCAGAGCGUUCCUCUAUGAUCAUAAAAACAGGAAAUGCCAGUGGCUGUCCUUCGACAGGAACUCACCAGGAGCCCAGAGCCAACAGGACUUCAACUACCAACUCUAUCAGAAGAAAGACUAUGUGAGAGAGUGCAUUGUGGGUACAGGUCAGAGCUACAGGGGACGGAGGUCGGUGACAGUAAGCGGGAUCCUGUGUCAGGCCUGGGCCUCUCCUAUUCCACAUGAACACAAAUUCAUGUCAAAGAGGUACAGGAAGAAGGACCUCAGAGAAAACUACUGUCGGAAUCCAGACAACUCCACCGUUGGACCAUGGUGUUUCACCACUGACCCUCGCCCACACCUCAGACACCAGGAGUGUGGCAUACCACAGUGCUCACAGGUGGAGUGUGUCCACUGUAAUGGAGAAGAUUACAGAGGACCUAUGGACCACACAGAGAGUGGAAAGGAAUGCCAGCGCUGGGAUCUGGAUGAGCCACACAAACACCUGUACCAUCCCAAGAGGUACCCUGACAAGGGCCUGGAUGAUAACUACUGUAGAAACCCAGAUGGACGCCACAGACCCUGGUGCUUUACAACAGACCCACACACACCCUGGGAGUACUGUAACAUCAAAGUCUGCGACACACCCAUUAAAAGAAAUGUAGAGGAAACAACCGAGUGUUACCAUGGAAAAGGAGAGGGCUACAGGGGUACAGUAGAUGUGACGCCCACAGGACUCACCUGCCAACGCUGGGACUCGCAGUAUCCUCACAACCACACAUUCACACCGCAGGCCUACCGCUGCAAAGACCUGAGAGAGAACUACUGUCGAAACCCAGAUGGCCAGGAUUUCCCAUGGUGCUUCACCACCGACCCCAGAGUGCGAACAAUGUUCUGUACCAACAUCCCUCAGUGCGGCACCCAGAACACACUGGAUGAUGACUGCUAUGAAGGCUUUGGAGAGACUUACAGAGGAGAGCAGUCAAGGACAAGAUCAAACCUGCCCUGUGCUCCCUGGAGAGACCACAGCAACAGUGGUGAGAGAGGCAUGCUGAUGGUUGGCCUGGAUGGAAACUACUGCAGAAACCCUGAUAAAGACAAACACGGCCCCUGGUGUUACACCAACAGCUCGGCUAUAUCCUGGGACUACUGCAAUGUCAAACCAUGUGAAUCUUCACAGAACACCAUUCCACAGGGUGAGCAAUCCUCUGUGGUGUGUUUUGUCCAUAAGAGGCCCAGGAUAGUGGGGGGAGGUCCAGUCAACAUAUCUGACGGCAGCUGGAUGGUCAGCAUACAGAGAGGUUCAAUGCACUGGUGUGGAGGUUCGCUCAUAAGGGAGGAGUGGGUACUCACUGACAGACAGUGCUUCUCCUCAUGUGUCCCAGACCUCAGUGAGUAUCAGGUGUGGUUGGGAGUUUCUGAUCUGCGAGAGGGAUCUCCUGAUUGGUCCAGCAGACAGGAGAUCAGCAUAGCUCAUGUGAUAUGUGGCCCUGAGGGCUCCAACCUGGCCCUUGUAAGGCUGUCUAAGCCUGCCCUUCCUGCAGAUAAUGUCCACACGAUUCAGCUUCCUGUGGCCGGGUGCUCAAUCCGAGAAGGAACGAUGUGUAAAAUGUAUGGAUGGGGAGAGACCAAAGGUAGCGGCCAUGACGACGUGCUGAAGGUUGUCGAUCUGCCCAUAGUCAGUAAUGAAAAGUGCAGAGAGCAGCACAGAGGGAGUCUCCACAUCACCAACACCAAGAUCUGUGCGGGUGGCAAGAGGAACGAAGGAGUAUGUGAGAGGGAUUACGGCGGCCCUCUGGUGUGUCAGGAUGGUGAAAUCAGGGUUAUUGUAGGAGUUAGUGUCCAUGGCAGAGGCUGUGCUCGGGCCAACCAACCUGGCAUCUUCAUCAACGUGCCCUUCUACACACAGUGGAUCCACAAGGUCUUCAAAUACUACCCCAACCCUGAGAUCAUCUAGAGACUCAACACAAAAUAAAAACAUAACCUCGAGUCAAAAGCAAAACCUAGAGCCUCUUCUUCUCCAGCGGUGCUGUAUGAAUGACUUUUUGAACCCAGAUACCAAUUAGACACUCAGCUGGGGAUGAGUCAUUGUUAGAUGAAUGGACUGGGAACCACCAUGUACUUAGACUUAAACACAGCAUUAACAGAUACCACAUUGAUUGUUAGAGUAAUUGAUGGCAAUUAUGAAGGGUAAAAGGUAAUACUAGUCCAGGUGCUGGAUGGAGGAAAAGAGCUGCUGAAGCAGCUGAUUAUAGAAGAUCUAACCUGAUACAACCAGAAUGCAAGACAAAAAGGAUGACUUUGAAUGAGAUCAGACAAACAAGUGCAGUUUUUGGUUUUCAUUCAUCAUUUCCUAUUUCAUUUUGUAGCAAAACUACCAGAGUGGUAUGUGCGCAUGUGAAAACUCUCUUGAUUCCUGGCAUUACUUGAACGUUUUGGACACCAAAGUGCAGUGGUUCAGUGGCUCCCUCGGUAGAGUACAUCAAUGGGCCACUUAGAAAACUAUCCAGUGGUAGGGCACUGUUAAGGGCACUCUAACUAGGCUCCCUACAUCCCUAGGGGCUUGGAUAAAGUGGUCCUAACUGUAUAUAGUAUUUUAAUGAGUGUAUUUGUGACACUCUAAAGGCGAUUUGGGUCUUAUAGAUCUGUGACAAGAGAACGUGAAUGUGGUGGUAGGUAGAUAAAUGAUGUACAAUGUGUUAUCUACAUCUAAGCUUCUAUUUCAUAAUGAUGUCAGCUAUACUGAAACAUCAAACUGAACUCCAAUAUCCUAAUGUUACUGCAAAACCACCAACUGUAUAUAUGAAUAAAUGUGCUGUUGCAUUAUGUAUGGAUACAAAGGAAUGUAUGGCAGGUAAGCCUCGAUAUGUAAAAAAAAACAAACAAACAAACAAAAAAGAAAGAAACAAAAAAAACUGUAAUGUUGUUCAAUGUGUCGACACAAGUUCUCUCUUUCCUGUACCUGUUUUUUUUUUUUUGUUCCAAACACCUCAUUCCUAUUUCAUAAUGUGUAUGUGUACCUGUGUUUUUCUUUGUGUGCAUCAGUGUGUGUGGGUGUGUGUGUGAGCAAGAACGAGACAGCAGUGAAUGAAAGAGAUAGAGAGUGUUGGAGUGUGAGCGUUUGUGUGUGUGUGAGCUUAUGCAUGUUUGAACUCGAGCUGAAUCCCCACACUCAGACCUUGGCAGACCUCCAGUCCCAUUGCACUCUGGAGAUGAGCUUCACAAAGUCUGUCACUUCAAACUCUGUCUGGGAAGAGGAGACGCUCUUCAUAACUGCAUUGUCUGCUAUGGAUGCUCCAAUUGGAAAACUCAAUGGCCCUUCAAGCAUAUUAAUGCACCUGUUUGACCAGUGCAAACAACUGAAAUAGCUUUAUUUUAUAAGUACAUGAUCUCUGUAUGAGAGAGAAAAUGUGUACUCGUUUGUGUGAGUGUGUGUGUGUGUGUGUGAGUGUAUGUGCACACUGAAAGUUGCUGCAAGCUGCUAUAGCCUUCAAGUUGUACAGUACUGUUAUGUCCUCUGUACGAUGUACAUUCACUAUAACUUUCAUAACAUAUUAACCAGUAUUCUGUAUGUUUAGCUCAAUCUCACUAAGCAAGUCAAUGAAUUGUUUAUUUGUGUACUUUAGGAUGUUUGCCAGCAUAAUAAAUGACUUUUUUAAUCUA